AUGGGGUCUCUGCUCCCCCUCUCGCUGCUGGUUUUGCUGGCGGCUGCCUACCGGGGAGGCGGGAGCGCGCGUUGGCGCCGGGCUGCGCGGGCUCAAGGCCCCGGAGGCAACUCUCCGGAGCCCUCGGAGACCUCGGCGUCCUUCUGGGUGCGCGUGAGCCCGGCGUUCAAGGCCGUGCCGCCGGGGGGUUCAGUGUGGCUUAACUGCAGCAGCAGCUGCCCCCUGCCGGAGAAUUCCAGCCUCAGCACUCGGCUGCGGCGGGGCCGAACGCUUAGUGGGCCUGGCUGGGUAUCCUACGAGCUGUUGGAUGUGAGGGCCUGGAGCUCCGAGGUGCGCUGCUUCGUCACCUGCGCAGGAGAAACGCGGGGGGCCACGGCCAAGAUCACCGCCUACAAACAGCCGCACAGCGUGAUCCUGGAUCCCCCAGUCUUAGUGGGCAGUGAGUACACGCUGCGCUGCCACGUGACACACGUAUUCCCCGUGGGCUUCCUGGUGGUGACUCUGAGGCGCGGCGGCCGGGUCAUCUACUCUGAGAACCUGGAGCGCUUCACUGGCCUGGACCUGGCCAAUGUGACGCUGACGUACACGUUACCAGCUAGGCCCCGCGACUUCUUGCAGCCCGUGACCUGCCACGCACGCCUCAAUCUUGAUGGCUUGGUGGUCCGCAGCAGCUCGGCACCCAUGACGCUCACAGUCCUCGCUUGGAGCCCCGCGCCCAAGGUCUUGGCCUCCACCUCCAUCGCGGCCUUUGUGGGGAUCCUUCUCGUCGUGGGGGCCACCUACCUGCGAAAAUGGCUACUGAUGCAGUCCCGGGGCGCAGAGGGGGUGGUCCAUGACCGCUGAGCCAGAGGAAAAAGGAAUCAGAAGCAAUUUGGGGAACCCUGACUGGUUCAAUAAAGCCUUCCUCAGUCA